AUGCAUUGCUUAAAUUUACGAACAAAAGUACAAAUACUCAACCGGAUUUUUGAAACAGAACCUAAAACCAUAACUACUAUUAUUACGAAAACAAAAAAACCUUUUAGAAAUUGUUUUCAACCUUCACAUACUUUUUCGCGAAAUAUUUUUGAUAUUUCAUUACCAAAUAAGAAUGAGUUUAUCCAAGCUUUACGAAAACAGACGAUUGAUACUGAACUUUCUGAAUUUUCUCGAAUCGAUGAAUCACAAGCACUGGAAUUCUACAAAAAUAUCAACAAUUCAUAUUGUUUCAAACGAUUUUAUUUAAAUUUAAUCUCUUAUUUGUUACGUCAAUGUGCAAAUAAUGAUAGAUUAGAUUUAGUGGAUAUUAUAUUUACACAAUUUAUUAAAGAUAUUGAAAAUAAUCCAAAUAAACAUUUAUUGGGAACUUUCAUUAUCAAUGUUUGGAAUACCUUUGCUUCAAUUUAUUAUGAAAGAGGAUCAUCUGAGAAAAUUGAAAUUACAAAAUCUAAAAACCCUAAUCAUUGCUUUAUCUUUAUUGAAAAAAGCAUUGUUAAAGGUUUAAAACUUAAAUCUGGAACUUUAAAUAUAUUACUUAGUUCAUGUCUUACAUCACGACAAAACCUUAAUCAACAACAAAAAAGUAUCAAUAUUAUUCUUGAUUUGAUGUCUGAUUGGAAUGUAGGACCUAAUGGAAAAACUUUUGAAAUUUUAUUAAGACAUUGUAGAGAUUUUGAUCAUUUAGAAAGAAUUUGGUCAAAAAUUGUGAAUCUUGGAUUUCAUCAUGAUCAGACUUUACACGUAGAAAUUAUAAAAACCUGUUUAAGACUUAAAUCAAGAAAAGAAGGAUUAUCAAAAUGUUUUGAUUACUUGUUACGACUUAAUCGUAUUUCUCAAGGUGAACUUGCAACUGGUGCAUACAACAUUUUUUUGAAAGCAUGUGCUUAUCAUAGAGAUUUUAUUAGAGGAAUGAGAGUGAUAGAAAUGAUGUGGUUAAGAAAUUUAGAACCUCAAAUAAUAGGUUAUAAUAAUUUACUUAACACAAUUAGAAUAAUUACUUUUCAAAAUAUGUCAUCAUGGAGUUUAGCACAACGAUCAAUCAUCAACAAUAUUUAUCGAGAAUAUUUAUGGAUAUUAUUGGAAGGAAUGCUUUCACGACCAAAAACUAGAACAAUGCCAAGACAAUUAAUAAAUUCAAUAAUUUUAGCUCUUGGAAAAUUUGGUGAUAUAAGAGGAUUAAUAGAAUUUUAUGAUGCUAAAAUUAAUUUGGAAACAUCAAAUAAUAGAUUAACUUCGGUAGAUCAAAAUAUUGGAAAUAUUUUAGCACAAAGAACUGAUCAUGUACCAUUAGAUAUUACAUUUUUUAAUUUAUUUUUAAAAGAAAUUUCAUCUUCGAAUCCAAUGACAACUUUAGAGAUGUUUAAUAGAUUACCAAAUUAUCUUGAACCAAAUAAUGAUACUAUAGAAUAUUUAUUUUCUUCUAUACAAACUUCUUUAGAUUUUAAAAAUUUUGGUAUACAAUUUUGUGAUGCUUUAAUUCGACAAAGAGCAAAUGUCGCUUCAGAAUCAAUGAAGACUAUAUUUCAGAGAAUGUAUCAACGAAUUACUGGAUGUAAUGGAAAAUCUACAAUGGAGGUUGAUGUUAAUGAAUUUUAUUGGGUUUACGUUUCCGGGUACAUAGCACGUGAAAUUAUAAGUGUUUAUAACGAUCAAGAUUUGAUAGAAUGUUUAAAAAUGCUUGAAAUAAAGUCAGAAAAUUCAUGUUAA